CCCCUUCUCCUCUUUGUUGGCGCUUCCCUCUCCGCUGUCUCCUGGGAGGGCGGCGACAGAGCCCGAGCCUGGCGAUGCCCGAGUUCCUGGCGGACCCGUCGGUGCUGACCAAGGAGAAGCUGAAGAGCGAGCUGAUCGCGAACAAUGUGAGCCUGCCGGGCGGCGAGCAGCGCAAAGACGUCUACGUGCAGCUGUACCUUCAGCAUCUCACCGCCCGCAACGCGUCGGCGGCGCCUCCGCAGCCCGACUUCUCCAGCGAUGAGGAGCGGGAGACAACUCCGCUCGCCGUCAGGAACAGGGCAGCAGGAGGAGGAGGCGGCGGAGGUGGGGCUGUGGCCGUGGGCCGGAAAGCAACAAAGAAAACAGACAAACCAAGGCCAGAUGAGAAGGAUGAUGAAGACGUAACAGAACUUGGUAAUGAAGAACUCAAAGAACAGCUUAUGGGAUAUGGUGUGAACCCUGGUCCUAUUGUGGCUACGACAAGGAAGCUUUAUGAGAAGAAACUACUGAAGCUGAAAGAACAGACCCAAGAGCUAAGGUCUUUAAUACCUACACCGACCGUUUCUUCUUCUGCAGAAAACAACAAGCAGAAUGGAAAUAAUGAUUCUGAUCAAUACAGUGACAAUGAAGAAGAUCCCAAAAUAGAGCUCCAACUUGAGAAGAGAGAACCACUGAAGGGCAAAACAAAAAUUCCAGUAACACUUAAGCAACGAAGACUUGUUGAGCAUAACCAGAACUAUUCUGACGAUGGAGUUACUGAGACAUUCUGGAGAAGUGGAGCUUCAAAAAGUGGACUUCUGCAGGCAUUUUCUAGGGAAUCUGCAACAGUAUCCAGAAGAGCAACAAGGAAAAGGGUUGAAACUGCAGUACUGUUGCCUGUACAUGAUGCAGUCAUGUCAGAGAGUACUCCCAUAGCUGAAACUGUAGUGGCUUCAAGCAACGAGACCCUACAGGUUGUCAAUAGGGUGCCUGGAAAUGUCAAGCAUGCAGAUCCUGUACUGUCAAUCAGUGACUUCUCAAAGUUGCCCAGAAGAACACCAAAGAAACCAUUGACAACUGAACUGAUGGAAAAAAAUCUUACAGAGGAACGAAGAUUAGAAAGAGAUAUUCUUAAAGAAAUGUUCCCAUAUGAAGCAUCAACACCUACAGGAAUUAGUGCUAGCUGUCGCAGACCAAUCAAAGGAGCUGCUGGUCGACCUAUGGAGCCUGGUGACUUCAGAUUGGAAGAAACCUAUUCAUCAAAAUAUAUCCCCAAGUAUGGUGCCUCAGCAGAUGUCAAGGCAGAACAGCCAACAGUUAAAAAACGCUCCAUCCCUAUGUGGAUAAAAAUUCUGCUUUUUGUUAUUGUUUCAGUCUUCUUGUUUUUGGUCUAUCAGUCUAUGGAAACCAACCAAGGAAAUCCAUUCUCCCAGUUCCUGAAAAGUAACUCUGAGACAACUACCGAUUGAGUGUUCAUAUGGCACGCACAACCUGGUCUCCUAUUUUUAACUGUAGAGAUAUUGUCAGACCUUUCCUCAUCUAUUCAGAGACUGCAUACAGAUAAUGAUAGCAACGUGAGAAAUUGAACAAUAAACAAGACCGUGUACGGACAUCAUUAACUUUUGUUCAGAACUAGGAGAUCACUUUGUGCCAUGAGUAAUAUUUUUAGAUCUCUGGAACUUCUUGUAGGAUUUAUUUUUUUAAUGUGGACAUCAUUACAUUCAUUUGAGAUUAUACAUUUGUUUUUGCAAGCUUUGGAAGCUCAAAUGGGCAAAAGUGAUAGUAAAAUGUGAAGAUGUGUUUAAAUGUUUUUACUUCAUACUAAAAAGAUGCUGUACUGAAAAUUUCUUUACUUGGCAUAUUGUUCUGGGGGGUGGGGGUAGGCGGGAUAAGAUAAUAAAGGGAGAUACCAUUUUGGGGUGCAUUUUGCUAAACUGUGCAGCUAGGUUUAGUGCGUAGUAGUUUUAAGGAAAAAUCUGGCAUUUUGUAGAAUACUGUAACAUUUUAACAACUGUAAACCUAUUGUAUGCAUUUCUGUCUUUAGUUUCAACUGUAGUAACUCCAUUUAAGAUUAACCUCAAUUUUUAUCAUCCUUUCCUAUUUUAGUGCUUAAUCUCAUAAUUACUGAUCUAAUUGACAAAUAGGUGUCCUUAUAGAGAAACUUAUUUAUUAGUAAAAUUGUGUGAAAUAAAGCUUACAUUAAAAUACAUUGAUUUUUUUACUGAAGAAUUAAAGUACUAAAUCUUAACUGCACAUAAGUCUUACCAGUCUAAAAAGAUUAUGUUCUG